AUGGUUCUAAUCCCAUUUUUACUGAUCUUUCUUACCUUCUCUCCCUUUCAGGUUUCAGCUCUUUUCGAAGUAGCGGUCCUCGAGCAUUUUCUGAGACCCCCCAUUAACUAUGAAACCGCAGAAAAUCCAUACGCCUGUAACGACGUUCCGCCGACCGAGCACGGUGUGGUAUCAUACUUUCUAAUUCGCAAAACCAAUGUUCAUCCUCGUGUCAUUGCCCUCUAUCGAAGUAGCGAUCCUUUCACCACAGCCUGUACUGAGGCGAAUCUUAAAUCGAUAGUAUCGUUCUUCCCUGAGGCAAACACGCAACAAGUGGUCGUACCUCCUCCUGGUGGCUUCAUCACGCAUUGGAAAGCUUUAAGUACGAUUAGCCCAGAAUGGAACCUUUAUACAGAGUAUAUGACGCAACCAGGGCAGAAGCUUAUGCGGUCAUCAAUGCCGCCUUACGAGUGGUUGGACAUCCACAGUGCCGUAAGUGUGCAAGAUUAUGAAUAUGACUGGGAGGACAUUGCGAAUAGGAGACGGGGGUAUUGGGGAGCAAAUGAUUUGUAUCCCCCGUCACCGCAUAGCUCCGAUGACGAGGACGACGACGACGAAAGUAGCGAUUGGGAGGAUAGUGGAUACCAAACUUCGGACGCGAACGACUUUGAAUUCGAGACCGAGAGCAUAGAAAACUGCUCGGGUGAUGCCGCCUGGGCGGGGCGCCGAGGCGGUGAAGAUAAGAGGAACCUAUAUGAUAUGGUCAUUGAAUUUACCCCGCAACGAUGGCCAAUGGAAGAAGAGCCUCCGCCGAACCCGAACCCAGGUCAGAACCUGAAUCCGAAUCCUCAAGGUUCUCCCCAAAGGCUCAACCUCAACCCUCAAAGUUCUCCCCAGAGACUCAACCCGAACUCUCAAAACCCCCCCGCCAGGCCAAACCUGAACUCCCAAAACUCUCCCGUUAGGCCGAACCCUAACAUUGAACGCCGCCCGGAAGGUGUCCUCGUUCGACAACGGCCCGCAGGAAACUAUGUGCCGCUAUACGAACCAGGACACUUUACUGCGGUAGAACAGGUAUUAAGAGCCCAGGCUCGAAAUCGGGCAAUACAGAGGGCGGGUACUUACAUCCCAUUGGCUAGAGUUGAUCAAGUUAGACCCCGUGGAGUUCUUCUUUCUCAAGGGUUUUUUAUUGAUCCUGAAAAGGAGGAUGCAGAAUUAGGUCGGGAUAGAGAUGCUCGUGAACUCGAAGAGGAAGUAGGUGAUAGUUUUGGUCAAAUACAAGAAAUUGACAUGAACAGAGGAGAUUCAGAACUUAGUGGAAGGCUAAGAUCAGUUCAGGAAAGCCCGAUGACGGUAUUUGAGGAGGAGGGGAAUCCUGAGCGGGAGUAUCCAGUACAAGCUGGGGUUCAGCCACCAGGGGGUAUACCACAGAUUAAUAACAAUCACCAGCCCCCGGUUCAAGAUAUUUCACCGUUCUUGGGUUACCAGCCUGGCGGCUAUACUGGCGAUGUAGACAAGUUUUUCGACUUCAGAUAG